UGACGUAAAUUCGGUUAUGUUCACUCAAUCCCAAUUUAAAACAGGACCAAACUUCCAUUCCAUAACUAACAUAUUUCAUAAUUUUUGCAACUCAAAGAAUCUAAAAGCCAUUAAAGUAUUUCAUGCACAUUUAAUUACAACAGGAUUACUCUUCAUCUCCCCUAAUCUUCAGUUCAAACUCAUAUCAUCAUCCACAACUUCACUUCAAACCUUAACCAAUUUUUUCAAAUUACUCAAACCAAGAAACCCUUUACUCUUAAAUUCAAUUCUUUCCCAUUUUUCCCAAAAUGGAUAUCAUUCUUUAUCUCUUCAUAUAUUCUCUUUUAUGCAUUUUAAUUGUAUUGACAUUGAUUCAUACACGUUGUGUAGUUCCAUUACAGCUUCAUCUGGUGUGAAAAAUAUAAACUUUGGGGAAAUAAUUCAUACCCAUGUGAUAAAAUCAGGUUGGUUAUCUAGUGUUUAUGUGGGGUGUGCUUUAGUUGAUUUGUAUACGAAAUCUUUGUGUAUCAAGAAUGCAGAUAUGUUGUUCGAUGAAAUGCCUGUGAAGAAUGCAGUGUGUGUAAAUGCACUUCUUUCUGGUUAUUCUGAAGCUAAGAUGUGGAUAGAUGGACUGGCAUUGGUUAGAAAGACGUUAUCUUUAAAUCUAUGUUGUGAUAAUUUCACUUUUUCGGCUGCUUUGCGAGCUUGUGUUGGGCUAUGUGCUUUUGAAUUGGGUAAGCAGGUUCAUGGAUGUGUUAUUCGAAAAGUUGAUGAUGUGGAAUCUGAUGUGUUUCUGCAAAGUUUGUUGAUUGAAAUGUAUGGAAAAUGUGGGUUGGUGGAGAAAGCUAGGCAUGUUUUUGAUAUGGUCGGGUUUAGAUGUAGAGAAAGAAAGAAGGAUGUUGUUCUGUGGACAUCAAUGCUCGGUGUUUGCGGAAGAAAUGGGAAAUUUGAAGAAGCGAUUAGUCUUUUUAAUGACAUGGUAAUGGAUGGAAUUAAACCAGAUGGUGUAGCGUUAUUGACUGUUCUUUCCGCUUGUAGUCAUACUGGUCACAUAAAUCUUGGAAUGGAGUACUUUGAAUCAAUGGCAUCUAAUUACAGUUUGGAACCCAGCCCCGAGCACUAUAGUUGUGUGAUUGAUUUACUGUGUCACGCAGGUGAGUUGGAUAGAGCAUGGAAUUUAAUCAAUGACUUAUCUUACGAAGAGAAUGGUAAUUUCACUGUUACUUUGUGGGGGACCUUGCUUAGUGCCUGCCAUAAUUUUGACAAUGUCGAAAUAGGUAAAUUAGCUGCUCAAAGGGCACUGGAUUUGGACCCUCAAAACGACGGUGUUUAUGUUCUGCUAUCGAACAUGUAUACCAGGAAUGGCAUGUGGAAUGAAAUUGAGAUGUUGAGGGAACAAAUAAAAGAGAAGGGAUUAAAGAAAGAUAUAGGACAUAGUUUGGUAAAUAUCACUAGAUGAGAUAAAGGCAAUGAUCAGAAAUAAGCCACAUUCUUCUUCUCGUGGAUUCGUUUAGUUAAAGAAAUGGUUUAAGAGGUAUCACUGCCACAGAUUGUGAGGGCCCUUGUUGUUUCCAUUUAGUAAGAUACAUAGCUAAAAGUGAAGUGAUAAAGACUGCCUCUUCCAUCUCAAUAAAGAGCUACUUGAAAGAAAUCUUUAUUCUACUGAACUGGAGAAGUUCUAGAACUCAAUUUUCAUUUUAGCUCUUUAAAGUGUUUUUGGACUUGAAGGGAUGGAUCGAUUUCUUUUUUGUGAAGUGACAACACAGAAAGAGGAUUUGGGCUGGGCCAUGACUUUGAAAUGCUCGGACUUGAUGAGAAAUAUAAGGAGAGUUCUAUAGCAAUGAAAGAUUAUGGAAUUACAUAAGAGCAGGGAGGAGGGAGGAUUUAGAGUAGAUAAAGAAGAAACUCUGGCAAUUAAAUGUAGUUUUUUGGGGACAAGCCAGUCAUCAGGGCUGCAUGAUGGCGUGAUGACGCACACAACAUGACACGAACUAGGUCAUCUGGAAGAGUAACCAUAAUCCUUUAUAAGUUGCCUCAUAGUUGAAGUAUAAAGAUUACAACUAAAUAUCCGGAAAUUACUCCUUAGUUCUUAACUUUUUUGAUAGUUCAGAAUCAAAAUGAAAUGGGUCCUAAUUAGUCCAUUUAACAUAUGAUAGACAGAUGAGCUAUAUGAAAGGAAGUCCAAAUCAUAUUGUGCUAAGAAAUAUGCUUGCCUCUCCAGUGAAGGAUGAAUUUAUUGCUUGUUUUUUCAUCGUUGUGCAUUGAGAUUCAUUUGCUAAGUUGUGGGAGGACUUGAGUAUCACUGACAGUCGUUGGAAGUUAGAGAAGUUGUGGAACCUGAUAGUUAUGUAUGCAUAAGGUGAUCCUUAUGGUUCAGUUGGACAUGUCAAACUCUCAUGUAUAGCAAGACUCAGUUCAUGAAAUAAGUUGGAUAUGAUCUUCUAAAACCAUGUAUCUAGAUGGAAUAUGCGCUAUGCUGUUCAAAGAUCUCCAGAUAUUCUCAAGUGUACUACCAUUAGCUACUAAUGCAUAAUUCAUCCUAAUAAAGAUUGCAUCUCAACAGUUUUUCACUGUGAAUUUCGUUUAUCUAUUUAGUCUAAUAAAUAGAAGAUAUCGUUUAUGGUUUAUUUCAGUGCCAGAGAUGCAAUUUCAUAUUGCAAGAUUCAGAAGGUAAUUGAGCUUGGCAGAUGGACAGCAUCUACAUCUUAAACCUGCCUCCAAUCAUGAAUUUAUUAUAACUAUUUGUAAAGUUUUUGUCGUUACUCUGCUGAGAACCCUGAUUUAAGAUUGCUUUUUCAUUUUUAUCUUGAUAUGUGAUGUACUUGUAAUUUUCUGCAAAAUAGAGAGUCACGAGAAAGUUAUAACUGUACCAAUCUACGAGAAGAGAGUAGCACUAAAAUGUGUCUGAGUGGAGUGAUACAGAGCUUGCUCCAUUAAUUGUGCUUUGCUAGCGUAAUGAAUGAUAUUUGUUUUCUUUUAUUGUUGAAAAUCAUUUGACUGCAUUUGGUACAGAACCUCAUUUGAAUGUUGUGUUCUGUUAAUAUGAAUUGAUUCAGAAGUAUA